AUGGUCACCUUCAUCUGGUAUUUCGCCAUCAUCUUCGCCUACAACGUCGUCCUAAUCGUCGGCGCAAUUUUAUUAGACCAGAUCGACGUAAUCGGGCCUCUGUCUCUAAUCGCCUUCGCGACGGCUUACCUGAUCGAAUUUCUAUACAUCACGAUCAUCUGGCACGUGGUGACGGUGGUGUCGGUGCUGGAGGAGAGCUAUGGGAUCAACGCGAUGACGAAGAGCCAGGAUCUGAUCAAGGGGAAGAUGGGGGUGGCGUUUGCCGUGUUCAUGGUGAUUGGGGUCUGUUUCUUCGCGAUACAGCUGAUGUUUGAGAUGCUGGUGGUGCAGGAGUAG